GUCAGCCCACCGUCGUGUUAAUACAUUCAACAAUCCUACUAUACGGUUUGAACAAUCACAACAUAAUACACAGUGACAUUAUUUGCCACUUGAAGCAAUAUGAUUAUUGAAAAUUUGCGAAUAUAUUGCAACCGAAACAAUGGUUCUAGAGCUGUAUUUCGUCAAUUUAUCCAAUUGAAUACUCUAAGCAAUGCUGAAUACGACAAUAUUAUUGAAUUAUUAUGCAAGGAAUUGAUGAAUCCAGACAACAGUCAGAAUGUUGCCGAAUGUUUUCCUGACAUAUUACUGUUACUUGUAUCCAUGGCCAUUACUUCUGAAAGCUGCCAACUCUCAAGAAGUGAAGAUUAUAAUGAUAUCCACAGGCUAAACUGUGUCGUUCUGGGAAAAUUAGUUCACAAGCAUCCUGAUAUUCUUGGCUUCGCUUUACGUUACUUCGAAAGUAAUCCAGCACCGUUUGAGACAAUCACCACGAAUCAGGAAAGAAGUGCAAAAAAGUUUAAGCCAACCAAUCUCGAAAUCAAUAUUCCUCGGGUUUCAGAUUUUGAUAUAGUUUUGGCUUCUUAUAACAUUCUGCAGAGUUCCCCUCAAUAUUUCAAAAGAAAAUGGAAGUGGUCAAAGUUUUACAAAUAUCUAACAAGUGACGAAGACAAUACUAAAUGGAUUGCACUCAAUUGUGUCGGAAUUGUCUUAGAAAUGUCUGAGUCUUUGAUUAAACAGUGUGCCAAAACUUUCUUCAAAAAUAUUGAGACAUUCCUCACAGAAUGCGAAAACGAAUUACUAGACCAUAUUACAUUGACUCCAACAUCUGCCACGGAAGUAACUAACAUUGUCAAAGAUGCAACCUGCAUAGCAUCGAUUGGAGGAAUCUUAUUACCAGUGUUGAACCCCAACGAUAAAAGGAAACACAGCAAUUUAGUAUCCGUACCUUCCAUGGAAGAUAAUCUCAGAAGUAUAGCAUUGGCUGUAGCUUCGAGGAAAUGUAUUUGUCUUCAAGGUCCAGUAGGUUGCGGAAAAACAGUCCUGGUCGAAUAUUUGGCCGAAGUGACAGGACAUGGACCAUCGGACUUCAUUAAAGUUCAACUUGGGGAUCAAACAGACUCUAAAAUGCUGCUCGGUACUUACAGAUGUACAGAUAUACCAGGCGAGUUUGUUUGGCAGCCUGGCGUUCUCACGCAAGCAGCAACUGCUGGUAAAUGGCUGCUCCUGGAAGACAUUGACAGUGCUGCUUUAGACGUAGCCAGUGUUUUGAACAGCCUUAUAGAAACUGGGAAACUCUUUGUGCCUGGACAUCAAGAUGCAAUUCAUGUCAGGAGUGAUUUUCAGUUAUUUCUUACCCAAAGGUUGAUCACCACAUCAACUGGUGUCUGCAAACAAUCAUCAGGGGCUUCGAACCUCCUUGAAAAAAAUUGGCAACAAAUUAACGUCGAACCUUUGUCGAAAACUGAACUCGUUAUUAUCAUUCAAACCCUUUUUCCGGUCUUAGGCACAGUAGCUGGCAGAAUGGUAGACGUAUUUUUAUUAUUUUCAAUGGGCAACCAUUGUUCUGAAUUUGGUGCCGAAGAGUCCAUGCCAAUCAGAACUGGCAGACUCAUUUCGACUAGAGAUUUAAUCAAAUGGUGCAAUCGCGCUGCUGUCGAUUUCAUUGUUUCGUCACCUGAAUCUGCUCUGAAAGUUUUCCAAGAUGCAAUUGAUAUAUUUUGCUGUUCUGUACCAGAUCAAAGUGAAAGACUGUCUUUGGCUAUAGCAAUUGGAAAUAGGCUUGGAAUAGUGAAAACAAAAGCAGAAUAUUUUUGCAACUCCUAUAAACCAUCCAUCGACCAAAAUUCCGACUACAUUAUUGCCGGGCGUGCGAAGGUUAUAUGCAAAAAGUCAAUAAUACCAGAGUUUCAUCACGUUAAGACGAAUUUUUCCUUCACCAGACCUUCCAGUUGUUUGCUGGAAAGAAUUACUUGUUGCGUUGCACAAAAGGAGCCUGUACUUCUCGUAGGAGAAACUGGUACAGGGAAAACGAGCUCGAUUCAAUAUUUAGCACAAAGUACAGGACACAGAUUGAUUGUGAUUAAUAUGAAUCAACAAAGUGAAAGUACCGAUCUCUUAGGUGGAUAUAAGCCAGUUGAUAUCAAGUUCUUAAUAACACCGAUAAGAGAAGAAUUCGAAAUGCUGUUCCGUUCCUACUUCGCUAUUGAGCCUAAUAGAAAGUUUCUUGAUCAUAUUUCGGUUUGUUUUAAUCAAAAUAAAUGGAAGACAUUAGUGAAAUUGAUGACACACAGUACUUCAGCUGCAAUGAAAAGACUGAAUAAGACGAUAGAUGGGAAUCAAACUAGUACAACAGGAUGUCUGCUGGGGAAAAAAAGUGCAACGCACAGUUCUAAGAGGCAAAAAACUGAAGCCGUUACAUCAAGGAAAAGUGACUAUACUUCUGAAGCUAAAAACAACUUGAAGAUAUUGAAGAAGUGGGAAAGGCUUUCCUUAAAAUUGAUGAAAUUGGAAUCUCAGGUGAAGACGCACUUCUCUUUAGCAUUUGCGUUUAUCGAAGGAAGUUUGAUCAAGGCUCUCCAAAAAGGAUACUGGGUUUUGCUAGACGAAAUAAACUUAGCAAACGCUGAGACUCUGGAAUGCUUAUCUGGUUUGUUGGAAGGCUCAUGCGGAUCACUGUCUCUCAUCGAACGUGGGGAUAAUGAGCAAGUUAAAAGACAUUCGGACUUCACCCUCUUUGCUUGUAUGAAUCCUGCAACAGACGUGGGCAAAAAGGAGCUGCCUGUGGGUCUGCGAAAUCGUUUCACUGAGUUGUAUGUCGAUGAACUCACCGAGCAAUUUGAUUUGCAGCUAUUGGUCGAGUGCUAUCUCAAAGAAUUACUUAUUCCUCCAUCCCGACAAGAAGCAAUAGUCAAGUUUUACUUGAAUGUUAGGAAAGAAGCUGUUCGUUCCUUAUCUGACGGCACUGCCCGUAAACCCCACUACAGCUUGCGAACACUGUGUCGCGCCUUAAACGUUGCUGCUUCGAAUCCUUGUGGUUCAGUUUUAAGGUCAUUGUACGAAGCAUUGUGUCUUAGCUUUUUAACUCAGUUGGAUUAUGACUCAUAUCCAGUUGUGCGACAAAUGAUUAUUAAAGCGAUAUUGGACCCAAAAGAAGUGAAAGCUAUCUUGGGCAUGCCAAUACCAAAGCCAAAGUGUGCGAUAAAUGAAGAUUAUAUUAAUUUCGAAGGCUAUUGGAUUGUUAGAGGCGAUUUGAAACCAGAAAUACCUUGCAAUUACAUUUUGACCGAAUCUGUUCGACGAAAUCUUAAAGAUUUGGUACGCAUUGUGUCGAUUGGAAAAAUGCCGGUAUUGCUACAGGGUGAUACAUCUGUUGGUAAAACUAGUCUAAUAACUUAUUUAGCCAAAGCUUCCGGCCACACUUGUGUUCGAAUUAACAAUCACGAACAUACAGACUUGCAAGAAUAUGUUGGUAGUUACGCUGCUGAUGAUAAUGGAAAACUGAUUUUUAAAGAAGGAGUAUUAGUAGAGGCUCUGCGGAAAGGCUUUUGGAUUAUUCUCGACGAGCUUAAUUUAGCGCCCAGCGACGUUCUUGAAGCAUUGAAUAGAGUUUUGGACGAUAAUCGUGAAAUUUUCAUUCCUGAAACACAACAGACUGUUAAAGCGCAUCCGAAUUUCAUGCUAUUCGCAACACAGAAUCCACCUGGUCUUUAUGGUGGUCGGAAGGUUUUAUCUAGAGCAUUUCGGAACAGAUUUGUUGAGCUGCAUUUUAAUGACAUACCUCCUAAUGAGUUGCAAAUUAUUUUACACGAAAGAUGUAGUAUGCCUGACUCAUAUUGCAAGCAGAUAAUAAACGUCAUGACAGAUCUACAAAUCCGACGUAAGAGUACUGCAGCUUUUGCCGGCAAACAAGGGUUCAUAACGCUUCGAGACUUAUUCCGCUGGGGUGAACGGUACAGAUUAGCACCAAAUGUAGAAAAUCGUUUAUACGAUUGGAGUCAACAUUUGGCAGAUGAGGGGUACCUAGUUCUUGGCGCAAAGGUACGAAAAUCUGAAGAAGCCAAUGAGAUUAGAGAAGUUAUAAAGAAGCACUUGAAGAGAGACGUUGAUCCAAAGACGCUUUUCACUUUGGACGAAAAUACAUCCUCUGUGACAAAAUUUGUUCUCAAUAAAGUAAUCAAUAAGGGUCGUCAAAUAUUUCCACAUGUAGUAUGGACUUACCAUAUGCGCCGACUGGCAGUUUUAGUUGGCAAAGCUUGUCAAUUCAAGGAGCCAGUUCUUUUGGUAGGGGAAACCGGCGGUGGAAAAACUACAAUAUGCCAAAUAAUAGCUGCGGCAGGUUUGCAGAAAUUGUGUACAGUUAAUUGUCACAUGCACACCGAAUCAUCAGAUUUUAUCGGAAGCCUCAGACCAGUCAGAAAUCAUAGUGACCUGGAAAAUCUGAAACUUUUUGAAUGGGUCGACGGUCCACUCAUACAAGCAAUGCGGAGCGGUGAUCUGUUUCUAGCAGAUGAAAUUUCAUUGGCCGAUGACAGUGUGCUGGAAAGGUUAAACUCACUACUAGAACCCGAACGUAGUCUUUUGUUGACUGAGAGAGGCGUGGAUACAGAAAAUGAAAAUCAAAUAGGAGAUCAGGAUAAUCACACUAUUAUUGCCCAUGGAAACUUUCAUUUUAUUGGGACUAUGAACCCAGGUGGUGAUUAUGGAAAGAAAGAAUUAUCUCCAGCAUUGAGAAAUCGUUUUACUGAAAUCUGGUGUGAAGGGUGUUCAGAGAGAAAUGAUUUGCAAGCUAUUAUCGAACACAAUCUAGUCAUCGAUUUGAGUGUUGAAAAGAAUGCGAUUGCCACUGGAAUGCUCGACUUUGUUGAUUGGUUAACAGCUUCUGAAAUCGGAAGGAGAUUCACUGUUAGCAUACGCGACAUUCUCACUUGGGUUGAUUUUAUCAAUGUUUCUACUAACAAGCAAAAUAAAUUGUCAAGAUUGGAAAUAGCCGACGCUUAUUACCACGGAGCACUUUUAACUUAUGUCGAUAGUCUUGGAUCAGGCUUGACGGGAAUGGAAAGUACGAGGAGACUCAAGGACUUCAAAGACAGCUGUCGGCAAUUUUUAAUAACACAAAUUGCAAACGUACUAAAAUCAAGACUAGCUCCUUAUUCGUCCUUGGAAACUGAUAAAAUCGAAGCUGAAAAUGGCGAGAAUGGAUUCGGGAUCAAGCCAUUUUUUAUUCCAAGAGGACCUGUUUCACCGAGCAACGAGUCAUUUACUUUUACUGCUCCGACGACUGGUUUAAACACUGUAAUGUUACUGCGAAGCUUACAGCUGAGUAAACCCCUGCUUUUGGAAGGCAGUCCUGGGGUUGGAAAAACCAGUCUAGUUUCAGCCCUUGCCAAUAUUUCUGGUCACAAAUUGGUCCGUAUAAAUUUGAGUGAACAAACCGACGUGUCUGACUUAUUUGGGGCUGACCUACCGGUCGAGGGUGGAAAAGGAGGUGAAUUUGUUUGGAAAGACGGACCGUUUCUUCAGGCCUUAAGAGCUGGUCACUGGAUAUUGUUGGAUGAAUUGAAUUUAGCUUCUCAGUCUGUCCUGGAGGGUCUGAAUGCUUGCUUGGAUCACCGCGGUGAAUUGUAUAUACCAGAAUUAGGAAGGACCUUUACUGUGAAACCAGGAACUAAGCUAUUUGCUUGCCAAAAUCCUUUGAGACAGGGUGGAGCAAGAAGAGGUCUUCCUAAAUCAUUCCUAAAUCGUUUUACCCAAGUGUUCAUGGAGACUUUGUCAGAUGUAGACCUAAAAUUCAUCGUUGUAGCCCAGUUUCCUGACCUCCCUGUUGAUCUCGUGUCAAACAUGGUUGAUUUCAAUUCAAAAUUGGCAUCAGAAGCUGGUACUGUUUGGGGUUACCGUGGUGCUCCAUGGGAAAUGAAUCUCCGAGACAUAACUCGGUGGUGUGAGGCGACAAUUCAAUCGGCUGAUGUAAAAAACAGUGAUCAUCCCACUUACAAUCCUGGCACGUGUAUUGAUCUCAUCUACAUAGACAGGAUGCGGACUAGAGAAGAUAAGCUGAGGGUCAGAGACAUGUACAUAGAAAUCUUUUCGCAAAGCGAGUAUCCAUUGCCUCCAGUUCAGCCGAUCAUGUACAUAACGCAAGACAGAUUCUACCUUGGAGAUGUAUCGCUCGAACGCAGUAGUACUUGUGUACUUGAUAAGGAAACUCUGCUGCUUCUGAGAAAUCAAACAGCAACUUUGAAGAGCUUGAUAAGAUGUGUGAAUAUGAAUUGGAUGUCAAUAUUAGUAGGUGGAAGUGGCUGUGGAAAGACCAGUUUGGUGCAUCUUCUAGCAAAACUCGCUGGCCAGAAACUCCGAUCUAUAUCUGUCAACUCUGCGAUGGACACAACUGAAUUAUUGGGAGGAUUUGAACAGACGGACUAUAAUCGGCAUUUGGAAGAAAUGACAGACCAAAUUCAAAUGCUACUGCUAAGUUGUCUGCGAAAUACGAUCAGUGCAGAGAAUAUCGACCUCGUAGCAAGAUACCAUGGCUUACUCGAAGACGUACGAAAUUUGCAAAAUGAUCAGAAUGAAGAUUCAACAAUGGCUACAGACACUGCAUUUUUCUUGCAAAAAGUGGUAAAGCUGUCGGACUUGAUAAUUGCUAUGAAGGCAUUGAACCACAACUAUGCAUCGCAACUUGAAUUAAUUGAGACAAAGCUGCGACAACUAUCGACCCUUGUGGAGCAGGACAAGUGUCUGAACGCUGGUGGUAAAUUUGAAUGGGUGGAUAGUGUAUUGGUAAAAUCUUUACAAGAAGGAUCUUGGCUGCUGAUUGAUCAGAUCAACUUAUGCAGCCCUGCAGUAUUGGACAGGCUUAAUGGACUCCUGGAGCCUAAUGGAGUACUGAGCAUAGGAGAGCGAGGUGUGGAUGAAGAGGGCAAUGUCAUCGUCGUCAAGCCACACAAUAAUUUCAGACUAUUUUUGGCAAUGGAUCCACGUUACGGUGAAAUAUCCAGAGCUAUGCGUAACCGAGGAGUCGAAAUUUAUAUGCUUGGAGAACAGGAAGGCCUGGAGAUUAAUAUUAUUGAUCUUAGAUCGUUGCUAUACAAUGCCAAGCUUACCAGGAGCAGUCACCAAAUGGCAUUACUCAGAAUUCAUGACGAGGUCUUACAGAAUGUUCAGUCUAAUCAAAAACCGAGUGUUGCUCACUUGUUGCAUGCAGCAUUUCUGAUACAUCAACAAAUAUCUAGAGGAUCUUCAAUUCAACAAGCUGUCGAGUCGGCCUGUAUUGACGUUUAUCUCAGGUCAAGGUUUGUGAAUCACAUACCAACAAGAGAUCGUUUGAUCUCAAUCAUUAAAGAAAAUACGAGCCAGUUACUUUCCACGAAUGAUGACGAAGAAUAUAUGGAUUGGAGCUCUGUUACCUGGAAGACAAACGAAUUACAAGAAAACUGCCAACUAGCCCUUAUCAGACAGCAAGGAGCGAUACUAUCAGCUAUUAUCAAGAAAUAUCGGUCAUUUACACCAUCUACUCAAAAUAAUGGUCAUCCUAAAUUUACGACCAGUUUUUUGAAUGAUGUACUCCAAAUAACAAACCGAGAAUUCACCUUAGACAUUGAUAUAAAUGAAACUAUGCUAUAUUUAUUGUUACACUUCUACCAAAUGUCUUCGCUAGAAGAUUGGAGACUGAGAUAUUUAUGGCUUUCAAAAAUUCUAUCAACCGAUGACGAUUUGCUACACUUGAGUCGCAAAAACUCUGAACUAGCCAACGAUAUUUCAGAAUUCCAAUUUGGCUACACAACUGCUAGCUUACCUUGGGAUCCUGAAUACUCACCAGAAAUCGUGGGGAAGGAAUUACGUCAGAAAAACCUAAGCGACAGUAACAGACUGACGAUAAUACUAUACAUGUCCGCCCUAAGUUUGAUGGAGGGUAAUUUGUUGCAAGAACAAACGCUGGCGAAAGAUCAAACAUUGAUUACAAUUCAGCAAUAUUCUAACUGCAUAUAUCAUGGAAAAUUGACAGCAAGCUUCACCAAACAUCCACUGGUAUUGAAUUUCGUUACAUUUCUAACUCAAUUGGACAAAUGUAUCAAUCUUUUACUCAGAGAUGAUUCGGUCAUUAUGGACACUGCCAAUUGUAUCCAUAUAAAGGAGAACUUGAAGUGGCGAACGCGAUUCUCCAAUUUGGGGAAUCUCACAUUGAUAAACAAACUGCUAAAAUCUAAACACAAUAAUAACCAGCUCGAAGAAAUAUCACUGCUACUGCGAGUUCACUAUAAAUGGUUGAUCAAAUUCUUUGUCAAGUUUUUUAAAACCUACAAUGAAUUUUCACUAGAUCAAGAAUGCGGCAUUGCCAUCAAAGUACUCUUUGUUAUGAUUGACGACAUAAAUAAAUCAUUAUCAACAGCAAACGAUCCUUUAAGAGUAAUAUCAAAACGAGUACAGAAAUUCUUGAGUCUUCCGACACCAUAUGCGUCACAGAUAGUGGCUAACGUAUAUCCAAGAUUAAGAGAAGUGUCUGACGUUCACUGUGUCACCAAAGACAGAGACACAUCUAGAUUAAAGCAAGAUUUACAAUUAAUCGUUCUACGAGACUUUGAAGUUUUGGAAUCAAGAUUUAAAUUGGUCAGUUGGUGGCAGGAGAUUUAUUGUACAUCAGAUUUGAACGAAAAAAUUCCAUCAAGUCUCACAGAGAUAGAAAAAUCUUGCGAAGCUAAACACAUCGCUUUAAAAACGCCUACUGAAACCGCAGAUGUGCUAACUAAAGUGCGAUCAAUCUGCGAUAAAGAGAUGAUGCUCACAUCAGCAGAAGUACAGCUAUGGCCCAUCUACGAAUAUAUAUUUUCCAUAAUUGCACAUAAUAUUCAAAGGAGAGUUUGCUGCAAAUUGACGAAUGAUGGUAUCGAUACAAUGAUCUCGUUAAAUCUCUUAUCCAUGUUUGUAAACAUUCCUACCAUUCCAGUAAACGUACUCGCUAUUUUAAAUGCGGUGAUAUCAAAGCUUGACAAUCCCUCGGAAGCAUCAAAAUUAUUGCCAGAAGUGUUUCUUCGACUUUCUAAACACACUGAAAAUUCUUGCGCAGUAAAAAAUCCUGGAAAAAUGUUACACUGGCAGAGGAUUCAAGAUGAAGAUGCUGAACACAGAAAUUUGGAUGAAGAAGUUGAGGUGGAGUAUCCAAUGUAUGGAGCAUCGUUAGUUAGCUUGGUGUCAGAGGUAAUUUUGGAGAAAUCAGAGAAUAGCAAAAACGAAUCUGUUCUUUCAAUAGCAAUGCUUGGAUCAUAUAGAGCAAGAAAUAACCAAUUAAAAACAGUCAAUGAAAUCUUAUGGAAGAAUGCGGUAACAUUCAAUGCGAAAGAAUAUCAGUACAGAUGGAACGAUUUUAGCACACUAGAGUCAUAUCUAGAUACGUUCUUGACAGCUGCAGCAAAAGUAGAAGCUGAACUCGGUGUACCCUCUAUUGAAAUGCGAGAUGUGAAUUUUGAAUCAAUGCCUGAUCCAGUAUACGAGUAUCGCCAUUCACUAGAUGAUUUACACAAUUUCGCAAUGAGGUUGAAGACCAAGGAAAUAUCAGAAAAUGAUAUUGUCGAAGUAGGAGUUAUGUGGGCAUUGUUAGGGUAUGUUCAAGUUUGUGUAUUUAGCAACUUGGGUUACAUUGAUCCAGUACACAAAGUUGGACUUAAACUUAAAUACGUUAAAGAAGACAUACUUGACUGUCAGAAGACACUAUAUAUCGCUGAGUUGCAGGCAAGACUCAUAGGAGAUUACGUAGGAAGUGAAAAUACGCACCCCCACAUCCGAGAAACAGCCAUUUAUUUGAAAAACUUGUUGAGUGAAGAAGCCAAUCUAAAGACCUACAACGCGAUUAGACCACCGUCAUCCGAAUUUGUUCAUCUAACGAGAGAAAUCACUGACUUCAGAAACAGUCUGGGUUCUUACGCCAUACUCCGAAAGCACUUGAAAAAAUUAAAUUUUGUCGUAGAACAAUUUCAUGAAAAUCCAACUACCAUUAACGUGAAGAUUGUUCAAGAUGUCAUAAGACAAGUGGAAAUGUGGCAGAAUUCUGUCAACAGAUUUUCUGAUGAUAUGGAACAUAGAUUUCUACCUGGAUAUCCCGACAUAGUGCUACCUUUACUUUCCGCAGUGGCUCAGAUGAAGCAUGGGAUAAAUAUUUUGGUUGAAAAUAUUAAGCAAAUUAAUAGCAUCUUCAAGGUUAGUUCUGAAGAAUGUGAAAUAGAGUCGUUUAUGAGUAAUUUGGUACAAUUUCCAACUGUUGGUAAAGAUCAAGAGGAUCUUCUUGUCUUGGUAGAUUUAUUGACAAGUGAAAUAACGAAAGAAAUUAUCUGCAAAAAUAUCCAUACCGAGAACAAACUUUCCUCUAAACGAGAAAUCUUUAGGAUGAUGAAAUGUAGCUUGUGUGAGUUGCGUAAUUAUAUCGUGUUGGAUGGAAAUAUAUCAUAUUCUGUGUGGUCAAGGCUUAACUCUUUGCUUCAACAAGUUGUACUUACCUGGCAGCAGCAGCAAAAGGAAAGGGAGGAAAAGCAAAUACAGGAAGAUAGUUUGUUCAAAAAUAAAUGCCUCACAAAGGGCGAAUCCUUGACUGAAGAUCAAGAAAUUACGUUAGAGUUGCACAAGUUAUUCCCUAGAUACCACGAAGUAGAUUUUGCAAAUAUUGAAACUGACGAAAAUCCAUCGUUAGAAAAAAAUUCCUACCAAACAGAACGAGAAGAAGACGAAACUUAUAACGGACUCAUUACGCAAGAAGAUAUUGAACAUAUUUAUGAAUUACACGCUGCUGUGGUUCAAUCAUUUACCUCCUGUUAUUGGCUAGAAAAUAAUUCAAAUUUGUACCAAGUUGAGUAUAUUGGUCCCCUGAUGCAGAGGUACAAAACAUUUGGUCUAUUACUAGACAACACCCGAUAUGGCUUAACGAAUGAUUUGACUAAAAAGUUAUAUACUAGCUUGAAUUUUCUUGUCACGGCAACAGCUUCUAUAAGUCAAGGGGAUGAUAGCGAUUUGUUUGGGAAUACUCAUGACGGGGCUAAAAACUCUAAACCCUACGAUUUUUAUAAAGACAGCAACGUCAAGGAAGCUAAAGAAUGCUUACCUGUUCUGGAACGUAUCAUAGAACGAGUUAGAAGCUUAUUAAUCGAGUGGCCAGAACAUCCGUCGCUAAAAGCAAUCGACACUAUUAUACAACGGAUAUACAGUUUUCCUAUAACAUCUUCGCUAUCUAGAUUUUUGACGGGACUGGAGCUUUUGCUGGUGAAAAUGCAAGAAUGGGAACAAAAUGCUCACAGCGCUGUUAGCUUGACUGAAUACUUGAUGGUACUGACACAGCAGAUUAUUUCUUGGAGACGAUUGGAAUUAUCUUGCUGGAAGGACUGCUUGAACGUCACAUUUGAAAGAUCAAAAAUGCAGGCAUCUAAAUGGUGGUUCUUUAUCUACGCUUUGAUUGAAGGAUAUUUGACUGAAUCCCAGGAUGCAACCGGAGAUUCAGAACAGGUUACCAAAGAGAAAUUGAUUGAAUCGUUGCACUUAUUUAUGAACACAUCUACCUUGGGCGAAUAUUCAUCUCGUCUUAACUUACUCUUCACGUUUCAUUGUCACGUAUGCCAUAUGGCAUCAACCGAGAGAAGGAAUGAGCUUCUUUCAAUUUUCUGGAAUUUUUAUAAAUAUUACGAACAGUUUACGGAUACUGUUAACAACAGAAUCUUUAGUUCGAAAGCUCCUAUUGAGAAAAAACUGAAAGAUUUUGUUAAAAUUGCUAGAUGGAAUGACAUCAGUUACUGGGCAGUAAAAGAAACUAUUGAAAAAACUCAUAGAACGUUACAUAAAUUCAUUCGGGAAUACGAAUCCAAAUUGAAAGGUAGUGUAUCACUAUGCUUAAUGGCAAAGCCAAUAGACUGCAAGAUAGGAAAUAGUUUAGAGAUGUGGGAGAAGCCUGUGAAUAUCGAGUAUUUUAUUAAUCAACAAGAUAAAUCUGUUGGAAGUGCAACGAAUUUUGAGGAGGAUGAAAAAUUACUCUUGCAAGGCACACUACUUUCCAAAACAGAGACUCUUUUGAGCAGAGCAAAGAAACUUUGCCGUGAAACUAUUCUAAUGACUUCUUACCCAGCGUUGCGCACAGGCAUCGAACAAUUCAUACAAGAGGUCAUGGACCACAGUUCGCACUUGAAAAAUAUGGAUAUCGACCGAACGCAACCUAAGCCAAAACAGAAAGCUCAAGCUAAGAGUAUACUUCAGCAGAAGAAAAUGGCCUUAGCUACAUAUUUCAAAGCACUAACCCUUGUAGGAGUAUCCUAUCGGAUUGGCACUUUAACAUGGAAUAACAAUUUAGACAAAGUCAUGGACCUAUCGGUUCCGCCAUUGAAUAUACGGGCGGCAUUUGUAUCGUUACAUAAAACGAAGGCGGACACAGAGAUGCUUCAAUUGUGGGAAGGCUGUGAUAAGUACUAUUAUAAAUCUCUCGUAAUGAUAGACGCCGUUGAUAGAGCACUGACAACUAAUAAGACAGAUCUAGGUCCACAGAAUAUUGAACGAAGCAGAGGAUUCUCUAGUCAUAUCAUGCUUUUAGCUCAUGAGCAAAAGCGGAAGUUUACCGAGUCAUUUAAUUACUUUCUUGCACUCAGACUGCAGCUUGAAAACUUGUCAAAUAUUAAAGAAAAUGAUUUGAAUAUUCCUGAGCAACGUGAACUUGUUAAAGCUGCCGACAGUCUCAAGCAGCUAUUGAUAUCAAUGAUCACAUGCUUAGAACAGAUUAAAUUAUACUUGAAAACUUGUCCAAAUCCCCCAGAGUUUGGCUCUGAACCAAUGAAACAAGUUAUCACGAUAGAUUCGAUCAAUGUUCCAAUGAUCAACGCUAAGAAAGGAGACAUUGUCUGGGAAGAAGCAAAUUCCAUAAUAGAAAAAUGUUCCCAGCAAGUGUCUGGUAUGAAAAGUAAAUUUGAUUUCGUUUUCCCAUGUGCGAAAGUUCAGUACAAGUUAGAUAAAGACCAAUGUAAAUUAACUUACAUUGCAACAUCAGCACAGUUUUCAUUUUUGAAUGAAAGUUGCAAAACUAUUGAGAAAAUUGGAAUCGCCAUCAAAGAUUUCAAGCAGCUCUUUUCCAUAGAGCACAAAAAAGAUUGCCAUCCAAUAUUGGAAAAUAUUUCAUGGCUGGAACAGAAAAUGAUAAAUACCAUCGAUCAGUUAAGAGAGUUAAAGAAAGUAACUGAAUCCAAACUGGAACGUCAUGAUGUCGAGGAUCAUAUCAUUGUCGAGAAAUGUCAGCAGAAUUUAGAUCUUGUAAUAAACACUGUUUUAAUUGCGAUACAAAAACAAUAUAAAAAGAAUUUGGCGUUUAACGAAGAAUCCCCAAUGGUAAAAGGCACAUACACCAAAGACGAAUACCACGAAAGUAACUUGGAAGAGAAACAAUUGACUAAAAAAUUAAUCGGAUCUUUAAACACUGACAUCCAUGAGCUAUCGCUGGAGACUGUUUUUCAGAGCAUGAACCAACUCUUGGCAUUAAUAUCUGGAAGUAGCGUGCACACAGCCAUAAUUUGUAACAGACUGCUGUUGAGAUGGCGGCCAUUGCUGGAACAAUAUCUUUUGUUUGUGCAAUUUUACUUGAAUGAGCUGCUUGCUGCAUUUAGAACAAUUUGCAAGAUGUCGUACUUGCAGCUCAAUGUAUUUCUGGAUUUAGCAAUGAACGGGUUUUGUGUACCUAAGGAUCUUGAUAUGGAAGAAGGAGCGGCGGAUGAAUCCCAAGAGGGUGUGGAAAAGGGAGGGAUGGGACUGGGCGAUGGGGAAGGUGAGAAAGAUGUAUCUGACAGAAUUGAGACGGAAGACCAGCUAGAUGAUGCAAGGCCAGAAAAUGAAGAGAGAGAAGAAAAGGAAGAUAAAGAUUGCAAGGAAGAAGACGCUGGAAUUGAUAUGUCUGAAGACUUUGACAGUAAGCUACAAGAUCUUGAAAAAAAAGACGAUGACGACAUCGAGGAUAAUGAAAAAGAUGAUGAAGAUUUAGAUAAACAGAUGGGUGAGACGGAAGAAGAUGCUGAUCGUCUUGAUGAGAAAAUAUGGGGAGAUGAUGAGAACGAAGAAGAUGAAGAAAACAAGGAGAACAAAGAAGAAAAUAACGAUCAAGGCGGUGGAGAGGAAAGCGGUGAGAAGGAAAUUGGUGCUAAGGAGGAUCAUGCCGAAAAUGAUCAAGACACAGACAGUCAGGAGCCACAAAAAGAAAAAGCCAAGGAAGAAAAGAAUGAAAUCAACAAAAUCAAUGACCUAAAUGAAAAUGAUGAUCAGAUCGAUCCUUAUCAUGGUAAGCACCAACCAGAUCCUGAACCAGAACCUUUCGAUCUACCCGAGGAUAUGAAUCUAGAUGAUGAAGAUGUGAAUGAGGAUAAACAAGAUACGGAAGAAAACCCUUUUGACAUAGAUGCAAUGAAGGAUGUCAUGCCGCCACCAGAAACAACAGAAGCAGAAUUGAAUGAAAAUCCGGAAACAGAUAACAAAAAUGAAGAUCACGACUCUAGUGAUGAAGAGGGAGAUAGUCCUGAGGAGAAUGAUCUAGCACCUGAUGCUGAAGAGCCAGAUCAUAAUGAAAGAACAGAAACUGACUUCCCAAAUAGUGAUGAGCAAGCUGGAAAAGCACUAGUGGACGAAGAGGAACAAACAGAUGAAAAGCAAAACGAAGAUAAAGAAAAUGAUGCAGAUACAAAGGAAGAUAUUACAGCACAGCCAAGCAUGGAUACAGAAAGCAAGGAAGCUGAUGCGGCAGAACAGGUGGAUACACAUAAAGGAGGAUCGCGAGACAAAGUUGCAGACACGAGUGAAGUGGAGGAAAAUGCAAAUCCUAUCGAAGAGAAUAGUCAAAAGGAGAAUAACGACAAAGGCACUGGCCAAGCUCAUUCCAAAGAACAAGAGCAGGGGCACUCGGGCUCUUCUAUACAACAUAACACACCUGUUGCUAACAAGAAUUUAGAAAAUAUCGAGGCAGAAAAACGAAAGAAUCCUGGAACGAGUGACGAAAACCGUAGUUUAGUUGACAAAAUGGAACCAGAGAGUAAGAAGUUGAAAACUAUACAUAAAAAAGAAGAAAAUGUUCCUGACAAUGUGGAAGAAAAUCCGCCAAUUGAAGAAAGCGAUGAGGCUGAAAUGUAUCAACAUAUUAAAAGUGCAGAUAAAUAUGACAAACACGCUCUAGAUGCGGCAACCGAAGAACAAGUUAGGGAACAAGCUUCAAAUGUAGAAAACCAAGAGAUUCCCGAUGAGAAGAAUGAGGCAAUGGAUGUAGAGAUGCACUCAGAUGAAGAGGACGAACAUCACAAUGAAAACGAUGUACAAAAUCCAGAAAAGCUUUCCGAUGCAAAUAAAGAUAAAGAGAGCGUCUCAAGAGCUAAAGAAAAAAAACGGGCCGAAGAUGGACAAAGAGAUAUGAACAUUGAAGUGGAUGGUGAGACUGCAGAAACGGCAAAAGUUGGUAGAGGUUACGAAACAAUGUUUCAUACAAACAUCAGAGAAUCUGAAGAUAGUAUUUUUCCAUCUAAACUACUUGAGCACAAACGGCUUGAAGUUGAAGCGAUGCUAGGUCAAUGGUCCGAAAUGCCACCAACGGAGGAAGCAACAGCUGCAUGGAACUGUCUUAGCACGUUGACAGACGGACCUGCAAGAGACUUGUGUGAAAAAUUACGAUUGGUUAUAGAGCCUACUCAGGCAACGCGAUUAAAAGGAGAUUACAGAACAGGGCGGAGAAUAAACAUGAGAAAAGUUAUUCCAUACAUUGCGAGUCAGUUCAGGAAGGAUAAAAUUUGGAUGAGACGCACUAAACCAUCAAAACGCGACUAUCAAAUAGUUUUAGCUGUAGAUGAUUCUAGCAGUAUGGCUGAUAACCACUCAAAGGAGUUAGCGUUUGAGUCUCUUGCACUAAUUAGCAAAGCCAUGACGUAUUUAGAAGUUGGGCAACUAUGCGUAAUGAAUUUUGGCGAAAGUACACACGUUCUUCACCCCUUGGGAGAAGCCUUCAAUGAACACACUGGCUCUAAAUUGAUGCAGCAAAUGAGAUUUGAGCAAAAGAAGACAAUGGUAGGACAACUGGUGGAUUUCACUGUGGAUAUGUUCUCAAGUCAAGCUAGUUCCACGGACAAUGCCAAAUUGUUGGUUGUGCUGUCUGAUGGGCGGGGUAUCUUUUCCGAAGGUGUAGACAAAGUAAACUUUGCUGUAAGAAGAGCAAGGAUGGCUGAUAUAUUUCUGGUUUUUAUUAUCGUUGAUAAUCCCAUAAACAAAGAUUCAAUUCUGGAUAUUCGAAUGCCUGUUUUCCAAGGUGGCAAAUUAGUCACUAUUCGUUCGUACAUGGACAAUUUUCCAUUCCCAUUUUAUAUGAUAUUGCGUGACAUAAAUGCAUUACCGGCUGUCCUCAGCGAUGCCCUUCGGCAGUGGUUUGAACUAGUUGGUAAAACUGAUACAUAGACUGCAUAAUUAUAAAGUUGCAACUUUAUUUCACUUCGUUGUAAAUCUUUCAUAUUUUUACCACAAAUCAAAGAAGUUUCAAGCUUCAAUGUCACUACAACACAUACCUAUCGAU